GGAAACCCAAUGACUUCUCUUAUCCAAAACCCUCGCCUCCUCCUCCGCCGUCCGGCACCGCCGCUACGCCGCCGCCUCCAAACCCUCGCCGCCGCUACCUCCACGAAUGCACCUGCCUCCGAGAUUCUCUCCAUUCGUGAGGCUCUCCUCUCUCGCAGCACCACCGCCUUGGACAUCGCCUCUGGUUACCUCUCUCGUCUCCGCCGCUCGGAGCCUCACCUCCGGAGCUUCCUCCAUGUAUCUGAGAAGGUUCUUAUGGAUGCCGAGAACGUCGACCGAGCGGUGGAGAGAGGGGAGGACCUGGGUCCACUGAUGGGAGUUUUGGUUGGUGUGAAGGAUAAUAUAUGCACGGUCGAUAUGCCGUCUACCGGUGGGUCGAGGAUUUUGGAAGGGUAUCGUCCGGCGUUUGAUGCGACGGCAGUGAAGAGGUUGAGGGAGAAUGGGGCAAUUAUUGUCGGGAAGACCAAUUUGGAUGAGUUUGGCAUGGGGGGCAGUACCGAGGGCUCUGGUUUUCAGGUGACCACAAACCCUUGGGACGUGUCCCGGGUUCCUGGAGGAUCAUCAGGUGGCUCAGCUGCUGCUGUUUCUUCUAGGCAGUGUGUUGUAUCUCUGGGAAGUGAUACUGGUGGUAGUGUGAGACAGCCAGCAUCUUUCUGUGGUGUUGUUGGAAUGAAACCAACAUAUGGUCGUGUCUCUCGUUAUGGACUCAUGGCAUAUGCCUCCUCAUUGGAUGUCAUUGGAUGCUUUGGUUCAUCAGUUAUUGACACUGCAAUCCUGCUUAAGGCAAUAUCAGGCCAUGACAGAUUUGAUUCCACUAGCAGUAAGCAUGAUGUUCCAGACUAUGUAACUGAUUUGGCAUCACUGGAUUGUCUGGAGUCUAAACCAUUGACAGGACUGAGGGUAGGGGUGAUUCAGGAAACCCUUGGAGAAGGUGUUGACAGGGGAGUGAUAUCUGCUGUUAAUGCUGCUGCUUCACACUUGGAACGUCUAGGAUCUGUAGUAACGGAGGUAUCAUUGCCUUCCUUUGAUCUUGGUUUACCUGCCUACUAUAUCUUGGCAUCAUCAGAGGCAUCUUCUAAUUUAUCACGCUAUGAUGGUGUGAGGUAUGGAAGCCAGGUUGCAGCUGAUGAAUUGGGUUCUCUAUAUGGAGAUUCCAGAGCUAAAGGGUUUGGUGGUGAGGUGAAAAUGAGAAUCUUAAUGGGAACAUAUGCUUUGUCUGCUGGAUACUAUGAUGCCUACUACAAACGUGCCCAGCAGGUAAGGACAUUGGUCCAGAAAAGCUUCAAGGAUGCAUUAGAGAAAAAUGAUAUUCUCAUUUCACCUGCUGCGCCAUCAGUUGCUUAUAAGAUUGGUGAAAAAACCAACGAUCCCUUGGCUAUGUAUGCAGGCGACAUUAUGACGGUGAAUGUCAACCUGGCCGGUUUACCUGCAUUGGUGGUGCCAUGCGGAUUUGUUGAAGGUGGAACCACCAGCUUGCCUGUUGGCCUUCAGAUUAUUGGCCCUGCUUUCACUGAGGAAAAACUGCUGCGAGUUGGGCAUGUCUUUGAGCAGACAUUACAGAACCAUAGAUUUGUGCCUCCAGUUCUAUCUGAAGAUGCUCCAUUGAUCUGAAAGCUUCUUUGAGAGAUUUUGAUUUUGAUUUUUCUUUUCUUUUUUUUUUUUAAUGUUUUCCUAAGUUACCAAUUGAAUGCUAUGGAUUAUAUUCAUUGGAAAACCAUGUAAACUUUUCAUUGGCAUCCAGAAAUUCAAAUUAUUGUGAUUUUAAACAAGUAUUCAUUUUGAUCAUGAAUAAAGUGAUGGGAAUGAGAUGAA